UUUCCUCGGUUUAAAUUAGCCCCGGCUAAUUAGCCACAAGUGCUACUCUUUAUUUCCUCUUUCCUGACUUCAGAGGGCUUCCGAAGCAGUGUGGUCUUACGUCCCACAUUCAAUAUGUCUGCCAGGAAGGUCCACAUUUGCUCAGUAGGAAUGCGGUAGGCGGGGCUGCUAGGCUAGUGUCAAACUUUGGGAAUGACAGGAGUGCUGCAGGAUUCGCAAAGAAGGGGAAGUGUCGCCCUUGUUGGUCCUGUUUGGAUUACUUUGACUUCUUUCUACGUACAGUCUUUGGAUUCACCAUCUUUCUACAGAUAGCACGGCCCCAGCGGACUCCUCAGCCAUGUCGGAGGACCUGAGCUCCCAACCCUGGUCCAUCAACAAAGAUGAUUAUGAGCUACACGAGGUGAUUGGGAGUGGGGCCACCGCCGUGGUUCAAGCUGCCUACUGUUUACCACGCAAGGAGAAGGUGGCGAUCAAACGCAUCAACCUAGAGAAGUGCCAGACCAGCAUGGAUGAACUCUUGAAAGAGAUUCAAGCCAUGAGCCAGUGCCACCAUCCCAACAUCGUGUCUUACUACACCUCAUUCGUGGUAAAAGAUGAGCUGUGGUUGGUUAUGAAGCUUCUCAGUGGUGGCUCCGUGCUGGAUGUGAUCAAGCAUAUCAUCUCCCGAGGCGAACACAAGACGGGCGUCCUGGACGAGGCAAGCAUAGCCACAGUGUUGAAAGACGUGCUCGAGGGCCUGGAGUACCUACACAAGAAUGGACAGAUCCACAGGGAUCUUAAGGCGGGAAACAUUCUCCUUGGGGACGAUGGCUCAGUGCAAAUAGCAGACUUUGGCGUCAGUGCCUUUCUAUCCACAGGUGGUGACAUCACGAGAAAUAAAGUGCGCAAGACGUUUGUGGGAACGCCAUGCUGGAUGGCCCCAGAGGUCAUGGAACAGGUUAGGGGUUAUGAUUUCAAAGCAGAUAUUUGGAGCUUUGGCAUCACAGCAAUUGAGCUUGCAACAGGGGCAGCACCGUAUCACAAAUACCCGCCAAUGAAGGUCUUGAUGCUGACACUGCAGAAUGACCCUCCAGUCCUUGAGACCGGCAUCACGGACAAAGAGAUGGUAAAGAAAUACGGCAAAUCCUUCAGAAAGAUGAUCUCCAUGUGUCUACAGAAGGACCCAGAGAAAAGGCCAACAUCCUCAGAGCUGCUGAAGCAUAAAUUCUUUCAGAAAGCAAAGAACCACGAGUAUUUACAUGAGAAGUUACUUCAGAGGGCACCCACAAUAACAGAGAGGUCGAAGAAGGUACGUCGAGUGCCCGGUUCGAGUGGUCGUCUGCACAAAACAGAGGAUGGUGAAUGGGAGUGGAGCGACGAUGAGCUAGACGAAGAGAGUGAAGAAGGCAAAUUAGCUGUUGCUGCCUUAAGGUCUCCAAGAGUGAAGGAAGGACCCCAGAAUUCAGAGGUUUUCCAGACUCCUGAGCCUUCAAGUAGUCAUAUCCAGCCGGCUGCUCUGGGUCCAGCAGAACUACCUCAGGCUGUAGGUCAGGCUCCACUGCAGCCCUCACCAGUCAGCACUCAAUCCACUGCCCAGGCUGCAUCUCCCACACCUGCUGCUGCUCCUGCUGCUGCUCCUGCUCCCACACAGGUUCCAGCUGCCUCUGGAGAUCUUAAAGCUCCUAUUAGUUUGGUAUUAAGGUUAAGAAAUUCAAAGAAGGAGCUAAAUGAUAUCCGCUUCGAAUUCAUGCCAGGCAGAGACACAGCAGACGGGGUGUCACAGGAGCUGGUGUCAGCAGGCCUGGUGGAUGGGAGAGACUUAGUAAUAGUUGCUGCAAAUUUGCAGAAAAUAGUUGAUGAACCUCAAGCCAAUAAAAACGUCACCUUCAAACUGGCUUCUGGAAUAGAGGGAUCUGAAAUUCCAGAUGACGUCAAACUGAUGGGCUUUGCUCAGCUCAGCAUUAGUUAAACUGUUGUUCUACCUGGGACCGUGACUUGCCUAAAAAAUGUGAAAAUUAAAAAAAAAAAUAGUUUAUUGCAUAUUUUCUUUCUAUGGCUGUAAAAAAACCACUACUGCCAAAGAAAAGUACCGUUUUGUCAUCCAUAGGAUCAUUGGACGCCGCCUCUUUGAGUGGUUGGUUUGGCUGAAGUAUCAGAGUGAACAGUAUCAGAGCCUAUUAUCAGAAGUUUACAGCGUAUAUGUAGAAGGAUGCAAGUAUCUUCAACAGUUCUCAUCUGGUCUCCCUCAUUCUGUUUGUGUUUCUCUCUAAUAUGUGAUGCAUUUGCACAAUCUGAACUAACGCCCUUGAAUCCUGAUAAACGUAACAAUGCCUUAUAUUCAGCAGAACUACUGAAUGCACGUUUUGGGGGGAGUCCCCAGUUACUACAUGGAGCAGUAUGUUAUCUGAAACGUACAUGUGAGUUUUCAGCUGCUCAUGUCAAACUUCAUACUUACUUUGAGAGGAGAUAAAAUAAGGCAUCUUGAGCCAAGAAUGAUUCUUCUUUCCCUCAUUUUAGUCAUAAAAAAAAUAUAAAAACCGAUUCAUAUUUCUAUUUUAUAAUUUACUCACAUUGAAUGAGGCAUUUAGCUUCAGGCUUAUUCAUUAAGAUAUUUUUAUGAGUCACAAAUGAAUAUAUAUUGAAAUGGAUUGCAAAUAUGUUAUUUUAUAAUGAACAUGGAUUGAAAUAAGCAAAUAAUCAACAAUUAAAUGGCAGAGUAUAUUACACUUAAAAGGCACUGUGAUUAAGGUUCAAUUUUACUUGAAAAUAAGUACAUUUGUUGGGGUCUAUUUUCAGCAGCAGAUUGAUACACAUUCAGUGCCUAGCUGCAAUGUGAUGGGAUAGAUUAAAGCUCCCAUUUUCAUCUGUAUGGGGACAAUUUCAGCCAGUUUCAUGGAUAAUAACAGCUUUUCUGGCACAGAAUGAGGAAAUAUGUCAGUUUUUUGGACAUAACCAUCAUAUGUUUUGCUCUUUUCAUAAUAAGAAAAUACUGGAAAUGGAAUUAUUUACAAAAAAAGAAAAUAAGAUGAUAUAAGCCCGUUUCCAUCAGGUAAUUUGUGUUUCAUUGGUCACCAUAUUUAUCAUAAUAUGGCAAAACUAAUGUAGCAAGACAAAAACAAAUGUGCUCCUUUCAAAGUAAGUAAGCAUCCAAACUGCAGCUGAAACCGCGGGUGUUGUAUGAGCAGGCGUGUCUGUUGGUAUUGGUUAAAUGUCUGUUAAGAAUCUCUAAUUCUUAAAAAAAAACUUAAGUGCAUUUUUGUUUAUGUGGAUGAAACAUGAGUACUUGAUUUAACCUCUAAUAUGUAAAUAAUAACAUUUGGCUUUGAUUUGUUUUUAUACUUGGUGUUUCACUCUCUGCCUUUUUUCUGUCCUAUGACACGAUUGUGGGGUUUGUAGCGCUGCGUGAAGGAAAAUGACGACACUGCAAAUUUGGCUUUGGGUUCUUUUAUCUUUUGCAGGACAUACUUUCAGCUUAGUUUGCGUCCUGCGUGAUGCUCAUUUACCUUUACUCAUAAUGCUUUUUCACUUUUUGCCUUUGAAAAGUUAUUUUCUUCGACUUUGAAGCAGCUGUACUGAUGCAUGGCUUGUCCAAUGAAUAUUUCACAGUUAAUCCUGAGCCAAGUUACAGAGAAAAUGUCUCCGUCUCUGCCAAGAGGAGGCUGUUUACAGAACUCAUUUAACCCAUGUUAUACUGAAGUACGGAAGCCCUGAAUGGGCAUACAUCCAUACAUUGUUUCAUCUUGUUUUUUUCUUUUGAUAAAAAGUAAAUUUUAUUUGUUUCCCUGAGAUCUCAACUUAAUUAUCUCAUCAUUUCAGGAUGUCAGCACUUGUUUUCUUGUGAUAAUGAGUCAAUUUCUCAAGAUCUUAAAAAAGACAUGAACUUACCAAUCAAGCAAUUUUUAGAUACUUUCAUGGAAUAUUUUUCUAAUUAUCAGAGGAUUUCAUAGGAAAGUUUGCGGUGAAUUUUAUUAAUUUUACUGCAGCUUUCAGAGAAAUUAUUUGUUUGCAGGUGACUCCAGUCACAGCGAAGAAAUCCAGAUGGAGAGCCACUUUUUAAUCUAGAAAGUAGGGACUCUUUUAGGCAAAAAAAAAAAAAAAAAAGGUUUUAAAAGCUACUGGAGAAACAGGCAGAAGUGGAAAUAUUAGCUCACGUAGCUUGCAUAGCUUACAUUAGUUAUGUCAGCUUUUUAGCCUCAUUUUCUAUGCAGCUUAAGCUAUGUUUGCUUAAUCUCACAUUGCUAAAGCUAACUAAGCUACAUUGUCUUAUGUAGAAGUGUAAGCAAUAUAGCUCAUGUAGCUUACAUAGCUUACAUUAGCUACGCCAGCUUGUAGCUCCAUUAUCUACGUAGUUUUAGCUAUGUCUGCUUAAUCUCACAUUACUGAAGCCAGCUAAGCUACACUGGCCUAUGUAGAAUUGUUAGCUAUGUAGCUGACGUGGCGUACAUAGCUUGCGUAGCUCAAGCUCACAAAGCCCAUGGAUCUCUUCACUAGCAAAGCUAAGUUGCUAAUGUUAGGUAUGUCAGCUUUUUAACUGUUAUCUACGUAUAUUUACUUAAGCUCACAUUGCUAAAGCUAACUUAGCUACAUUGACUUAUGUAGUAAUGUAACUAGGAAGUUAGUGUAGCCAUGUUAGCCAAGUGAAUGAAGAUAAAGCAAUACAAUUCAGGCUUUUAUUGCACCAGCACAAUAUGGAGAUGGCCUCUCACACAAACGGUCUGUAAGAGGGGGCGUCUGAGAUCUACACCCCGCAGCCAGACUGUCUUGGGAUAACUUGACUGCAGACAACUAUUUGGAUUCCUAGAAACUUUGAUUUAAACUUGUUUGGAAAUUUUCAGAAACUGUCAUAUUUGACUUUGGAAGGUUUUGGGAAUUUCAGUCUUUUACUUGAGGCAAGCAAACCAGUAUUGUUACCCCAGAAUAAUAGAUAAAUAUUUUGAGAUCUUGAGAAAACAAUAGAAAUACACUGAUUAUUGUGGAGAAAUGCAGUAAAAUCAAAUCAAUGAAUGCAUGUCAUCCUAAGGCUUCUGUACUGACGUCAUACAGCUGCUUUACUACAUUUUAAUCAUAUUUAAACGGCUUCAAUAGUGAAAAAAAGCUUUUCUGUGAUUGUAAGAAAGUUUGAAAGAUGGUGUUUUUUGGCCUUUGAUUUAAAGGCUGUUAUUAGUACUAAAUCCUCAAACAUGACUCUGAAUAUGUUUGUUCAUUAAGACAUGGUUUGAUAAUGAAUGUUUGUUCAAUUUGACACCAAUGGUGGCGGGGGGUUUAAUUUAACACUCUGCUCGGAAACGCCAGCAAGGUUGGUCAUUGCUUGCAGAUUACUGUUACAAAAGAAAUCCUUGUGUUCUGACUUGUUGAAUUUUACACUAGCCUUAAAUUGAACUUGACCAAGUGUUUUUUUUCUUUUGUAAAACGUAAAGGUUUUGAUUCAGCUACUCAGUGUCUUUGUUGUCACACAUUGACGAAACCUAUAAUAGAUGCAUACAGAUGUAUUCUCCUGGAAGGGGAGCCACAAAGUCAGCAACCCAAUGUUAUUUUCGUAUAUUUGGUGCCAUUUUCCUGUUUGUGUCUGCAGCUGACAGCAGAUAAGGACAGGAUCCGUUUGUAUGAGCCCUGAGGGGAAGUGUGUUUGUGUCGGUGUGUGAGUGUUGUACAGAUUGAGCCCUGCUUCUAACAGAGUUGAAGGUCUAAAGGCUUUGUUCUCAUCUUUUCUGUCAUCAGUCUUUCUCUGUCCUGCUUACAUGUAGUCUAUAACGAAGCUGUAGCAACUGAACAGAUGAGCUGCAAAAAACAAAAAAUACUUAAGAACAGGCAAUAACUCAUCAAGGCUGUAAAAUAUUUCAAUUUCUCCUGUUUUUGGUUCUCUUCAGUUUUCAGUCUUUCAUUUGCUCUAUUUUUGAUUGUUUUGGAGUUGAAAGCAUGUUUCUGCUGAUUAUUUUUAAUCAAUAAAG